GCUUGACCACAUCGAAACUCCCCAGCACCUCUAUACUCUCUCGAAAGCCUCGCUCCUUCGCCCGAACAGCUUCGCAAAAGUAAACUAGUCACAAUGGCCGUCCGACCCAUCACCGGUAUGCUCCGACGAAACCUCGUCCUGGACCUCAGCAUCGCCCUCGGCUCCGGCUUCGUCAUGGCCAACUUCUUCUGGUACGGCUUCCACAUGCCCCGAACCAACGCCCGCGACAACUACUACAUCAAGCUCGAAGAGGAGCGAGCUGCUCAGAAGAACGAGUAAAAAAAUCAACGGACCGAAACGAUACUUGGUCAUUUAAGCAAGGGCAAUGAGAGAUGGGAGUGCACAUAGAUACGUUUAGGCGGCUAGCCGAUGUUUCGUUUGUCGUGUAGCUGGGUAGAGAAGAGAAUACCACCAACGCUUCAUUUGAAACGGUCUUCGUGCAUUCUAUAUUCAUGGGCAAGGGCAACCGAGUUUCAAUAUGUUUGGAAUGCUGGCAAUGAGCUAUUGAAGUGCAAUUCGUGAGGCUGAUAGUAUAUCUGGGAUCGACAGGGCAGUCCUGUGUGAUCGAAUUAUAACUAGAUAUGCAUUCAUCAACUGUUGGUCGAUAGGAGCAAUUUUGUUCCAGAUCUCAGUCUGGAAUCUAGC